CUCUAAGCUCCCGGAGGAUUGCAUCGAAGCACCCGAUUGAAGCUGUGAAAAGACAGCGAGUUACUGAAGGGACACGAGUGAAAAACAGAGAAGUCCGGGAGGUCUGUGACGAUUCCACUGUAACGUCGGAGAGGGCUACGGGAAUAAUCUUAUUUUAGAUUUAACUGGCUCGGAAGCAUUGUGCAGCCUGAGUUCCAGUGUCUGAACGGGAGAAAUCGGCCACGAGAUGAACACCGAAGGGCCUCCGGCCGCGUCGAAUGCAUGAACCUCUGAAGCUAUAUCAAGCCCAAUCUGCCCUCAGACAGCAAGAUAGGAGCAGCUUCGAGUUUCUCUUCAUUCUCUCUCCCACAAUUAGUUCUCGCAGUGUAUUUUCCUGUCUUCUCCCCGGGGGCGCAGCUGCUACUCAGAGUGGUGCUACCAGGCGAAUUUCAUAGCUACUAGCCGCAGGUGUUUCAUAUUCCCGUGUUGGUGGACUCGAGAAUAGACUGGGAACUGGUUUCGGUAGAAACUCAUUCCUUCCGAAGAGACGUGCAGACCUGGAGUCAGGUUGCAAUCAGCUGGAGAAACUUGGAAGUCCUUCUCAGUCAGGUAGCAAACUUUACAGCUGCGUGCCAGGGAGAGUGGUACACGUAUCAGGAGUUCGAGUUUCUUAUCUCAGAUCGGACAUUUAUGAUAUCUGAGACCUCUUUCCUCACUGGAAAAGAUGACAAUCUAGAGACGAUUACUGUUAGUCGGCAAGAAUUCUCGAAGUCUUACUUGCCGUUAUCUUCACAGAUCCACUGCCGAUCGUUGCUCCUUCACACGAAGUGAAUGACACUUUUAUUGAGGUUGGUGAGCAGUCACGAGCAACUGCCGACGUGGUCGCCACGGCUCUGCCACCAUGAUCCCUGCGAUCGACUUAUUAAGUCCUUAGACUCUGCUCUCAAUCAGACGAAACCUAGUUCAGUUUCUUCAGAGAAAGGCUAGAGCUCUCCAGCUAGGGGAAUUGCGUUUCUAUCAUGGCACAUUCACAAUCGCUCACGCUGGUUGCUGGAGACAUAGGAGGCGUGGAGCUGGCUAGCUCAAGCUUCGGUGCACGCCACAGACUCAAGUUUGGGGAUAUGGACGAGAGCAUAUGGAGCAACUUGCCGUCCUGCUUACUGCUCGACAAAAUUCUGAAGGCUCUACCUCUGAUGUCCAAUGUCCGAUUCCGCUCCGUUUGCAGAGAAUGGUACAGAGUGCUUUCAUCGUACUCACCUCCACCGAGCGGGGGCAUUUGCCUCUUCGGAGCUUUAGCUGAGGUCAGUCACACUGACAGAGUAGAUAGUUCUGUACUUAAAUCCUGUCCAGAAGUAGGGAAUUCUGAGGAUAUCUGCGAUUAUCCAACUGAAUGUAAGAGGAUCAUAGUAGACCUGUCAUUCCUGCCCAAAGGAAUGAUACCAUGCGCGUCAGCAGGUGGUUUGAUCUGCUUCGUGGGAAAUCGCAGGAAGCGAUCAUCGUUACCUUCACUAACCUUCUGGCCCAAAGAUUUCUACAUUUGCAAUCCCAUCACCAGGAACUUCAAGCAGUUGGUUGGCAGGAGUAAAGGGCGUCUGGUUCCUGAUGAAGUUGACGACUACUUUGUGCAAGUAACCUAUGACCUCGUGCUGGACGAGUGCAACAACUACAAGUUUUAUGUUGGACGUUUUGGGAACUGCCAGGUCAAGCUGCACAUUUACGAUUCAGCAACGAGCUUGUGGACAAAUAUGGUGGCCCCGGAGCCACCUCAUCCUCAAAAUUAUUUGCACUAUGACCUCGAGAGGGUUCCGGUGUUCCAGAAUGGGGUCUUGAAGGUCAUCGACGUACAGAUUUUUGAUCACAGGGAGAUGGAGAAGAUUGACAUGCAGUCCAGAACAGGACCUACGGGCUUUCAGGUCUCUGCCCACAGCAGCUACGGGGUAGUGGGCGGAAAUUGCAGGGCCCUUUUCGCAGUCGAGGUUGCGCUGCAUCCUGAAGAGAAACUAUGCCUGUGGAGAGAAGAAGCUCGGACCGGAUGGGAGGUGGUGUCCAGUCUUUCGAGCGUCGCUGCAAAAGUCGUCCUUCAAUGCUUCAAAGACGGAGAGAUUCCAAAUGGUCAGGAUCUCCACUGCCAAUUGUGCUGGUUCAACGAGGAUUUAUUGUGCAUCAAACUGUCAGAGUGGGAGACCCAUCGCAUGCUCACUUUUCAUUUGAAAACCAAGCAGUGGCAGCCAUGGUAUACUCGGUUCACAGGUGCUUGCCAUCAAAGCCCACGCUACUCCAUGUUUUCUUUCACUCCGAGCUUGGAGCAGGCACCGUGAGAGCUAAGCUUGCAACACCCUGCGGCUAGUAAGAGACACACGAAUGAAUUAGGUCGCCGAAAAGAUCCUGCCCUUGAGUUUAGCUAGAUGUACAUAGUGAAGGCUAUGUCAGGCCUCCGUAGGAGAUGGCAAGGGCUUUUCGGAUCUAGCACGCGAGAUGCGAAUACCAACUCGAGUUACAGAUGGCUGUCACAUAGCUCGUAUUCAUCCAUAGGAAGAAGGACACUAGUAGAAGAAAUGUGUUCGUCAGAUCAAGGUCAGAAAGACAUUGCCUUAAUCUCUUCUCAGAGAAGCCUGGCCAUCCAUGGACGUCACAUCCAUCGGAUCAAUCGGGGAACACAAACUGUAGAUCUGUCUUCCCAACUGGAAUAGAAGUGAAACUGCGAAUAGCUGAGUGAGGGACAGGUCCCAAUAGAUGACUACAUGAGCUAGAAGGGGUAGCUAACAACAGAGGUGCUUUGCAGAUAGCACCUGACCUUGUAUAGUCAUGUUUGAUUGAAGCUUUCAGUUAACUGUGUCUGCACAUGGCAAGCGGAACAUUGCUUGAUUGAUCCUAGCGCCUGUACUUUGUUUGAACUGCCGGAGAUAUGCAGCUGUAUGUAUACCAAG